AUGGCAAUAAUUAGCUCAAUAUGGUUAGUAGCAGUGACAGCAACGAGUGUACCUGUGGAAAGUGACAAAAUAUCUCCACUCAAGACCUCCGAGGACUUACCAGAGACAGCCAAAGAGAAGAGAUAUUUUGUCCACUCGCACUCACCUACGCCAUGUCCGCCGUUUUACCCGCAUUACCAUGCGCCGAUGUCUCAAAUCCACUAUUCGAAGCCAGUGUACGGACCACCAGCUCACCCUAAACCAAUCUACGGACCACCAAUGCAUCCGAAGCCAGUCUACGUAGUCCCAGAGUAUCAGAAGCCAGUCUACAAAGUACCCGAGUACCAAAAACCAGUUUACAAAGUGCCAGAAUACCCGAAACCAGUCUACGGACCACCAAUGCAUCACAAACCAGUUCAAUUGAUUCACCAACCAACCUACCAAUCUUACGUACCCCAGCAAACUGUCUCCUAUAUAAAACCUCAUGUGUCCAAACCAGAUUACCAUUAUUUACCAUCGUACCCAAAACACAUCGAUUACGAGAAGCCCUUAUUCGCCUACGCACCCUCAUAUCACCAGCCAAUGAAGUCUGAAUACUUGAACGACUACAACACACACCAGAAAUAUCACACCCCAAGCCACUACUUCAGCAAGCCGGGGAUCGUUUACAAGGAGUCACCCAAGUGUGAGCCCUGUCACGAUUCCUACAAACAUCACGAGUCUUAUAAAUACCAGGAGUCAUACCAUCACCACGAGCCCCAAGUUAUUCAUGUCCCUCCACCCUCUUACAUAAAGCCGCAAGUUCAUUAUCUGCCCACCCACUCUUACAAAUCACCUAUCGUUAAACAUCUCGGUCAUCCUGCUCCCUGCCCGUAA